AUGACAGCUAGCGAAGAGGAAGCUUGUAGGGAUGUUGUCAUGAGUACUUUCUCUAUCAACUCAACUCCUGUUAAAGUAUUGUUCAAUUUUGGAGCAUCAUUUUCUUUUAUUGUCCAUACAACUGUUAAAACUCUAGCACUGAUUGAGUCCAAGUCAAUUUCUAUGCCUAUAAUUAUUCCGUCUAGGGAUACCGUCAAUUGCUCUAGAAGAUUCCUAAAUGCGUCGUUGAAAAUAGGGGAAGGCUUCUUUCCUUCCGAUCUAAUAGAGUUUAAUUUAUCAAACCUAGACGUCAUUUUAGGAAUGGAUUGGCUUGGGAAGUACAGGGCCAAGAUAGAUUGUGAUGCACAUAAGGUGGAACUGAGAGAUCCUUUGGGAAAAAGGGUUUCAUGUAGGAGAAUACAUCGAGAACCAGGAAAUAAAGUAAUCAAUGCUUUGCAACUUAAGAGCUAUAUAGACAAAGGAUGGCCUUUAUUUAUGUGUUCCGUGAGAAGGGUUGAGGAUGAUCCAUUCAGACCUGAUGAUGUGCCUAUAGUAAGAGAAUUCCAGGAUGUUUUUACUGAAGAAAUACCUAGUAUGUUUCUAACUAGAGAUGUCAAGUUCAUUGUUGACCUAGUACAUGGAACUGCACUUAUCUCCAAAGCCCCAUAUCGAAUGGCUCCAGCAAAAAUUAACGAGUUGAAAAACCAGUUGGAAGAAACUACUCGAGAAGGGGGAUAUUAG